CAGAUGCAUUUAUUUGUUAAAAAUUUCUUGUACAAAAUUCGUGCUUAGAUUCUCCAUUUGAAACAGUGAUAACUUCAAUACUUUGUUACAAACAUGGAGGCAAAAUUAUUGCUAUGCGGUUUGUUAGCGCUUAUCUUAGUGCAUGCCAUUGCAGCACAAACUUGCCAAUGCGUAAAUGGUUUGAAUGGGCGAGAUGGUCGUGAUGGUAUGCCAGGAAGAGAUGGUAGAGACUGCAUGAAUAUUACACUGAGCGGAGGGGCUAGUGGAAGUGGUCAACCUGGACGAGAUGGAGCUCGAGGAAGAGAUGGCCCACAAGGACCAAGAGGAUACAGGGGCCCACAAGGACCAAAAGGAGAUAGAGGGCCACCAGGAAGUGGUUCAGGUGGUUUGGAUAGAGCAGCCAUUGAAAGAAUGGUGAAAGACCUUAUUAAAGCUGAGGGUGGCAGUGGAACAAGUAGUGGUGGUGGUAGCUCUCUUAAGAGAGUCACUGUUUGUUCCAAACAACGAAAAGAUGUAUGUGGAUCAUGUCAAUGCAAAGACAAGAAUUAUGCUGAUGAAUUCUUUAGCAGAGGAUACUAUUGUGAUUGCCAAAACGUUAAAGCUGCACGUGACUGCAAAGAGCAUUUGAGAAAUGGAAAUUCCAAUGAUGGCAUCUACUUAAUCAACCCAGCUGGAGAUCAUCCGUUCCCAGUCUUCUGUGACAUGAACUCCGAUGGCGGAGGUUGGACUGUCUUCCAGAGACGUAUUGAUGAUACUGUUGACUUCAAGCGAGAUUGGUUUUCAUACAAAAACGGAUUCGGAAAUUUGCAACACGAGUUCUGGUUGGGACUUGAAAAUAUUUUCCUCAUCCAAUUAUAUGACGAUCGAAGAGGAACUGAAAUGAGAAUGGACUUCCAAGAUAAAGAUGGCAAAACUUACACUGAGAAGUAUGGCAUGUUCGAAAUUGGGGAUGAGAGUACCAAAUACAGACUGGGUCUGGCUGGCUACAACGGAGAUGCUGGUGACUGGAUGAAAGAUUACAAGAACAAGAAAUUCUCCACCUACGAUAAUGACAACGACGAGUAUGGAGCAGACAGUGCGCUCAGCUAUGGUGCUUUCUGGCACGGCUAUGGCCCAAGUUAUCCUUACAAUCCUAAUGGAGCGUAUGGUUUUGUUCAAAAAUACAGCCGUAGCUACGACCAACCACAAGUGAAAGCUUUUAGUGGCAAAGUGAGAGGGGCUCGCGUCUACCUGACUAAGAUUGAAAUGAAAAUCAGAAGAAAGUAAUUCUGUAAAAUUUUUAUCAACAGAAAAUAAAUAAACUUAUAGUUAAAAAAA